UCUGCCCUCUAAAUAACAAGGCUCAAUUCUAUGGUUUCUUUGAAUGCCUUGGUGCUCAGUUAAUUAUCAGAUAAGGCUACUCUGGAAAGAAUCAAAGACAAAGAAAUCUCCCUUUGGUAGAGUAAAAGCCAUGGAACCCCUAAAGCUGUUUUGCAUUGCAUUUCUGCUAUGCUCACUGACUUGCUUCUUAUUGGAGGCAGAAGCUUCCCCUCCUUCACGUUUACUUGGCUUUGGAAUGCAAGACAAAUCAGGAUGGAAACCACGCUCGAGGGGUGUAUUUGCUAUUAGGAUGAUUGAUCCUAUCUUUGAAAAACGGAAGAUUCAUGUCUCAGGAAACCAGAAGUCCUGGCUGAGCAACUUCAGGGCUUACCUGGAUGAGCUCUUCAGGAAUACCACGUUUCCAGCAGCCAUUGUGGCUAUUUUCCUCAACCUGUCCCUAAUGGGGACUCUCUGUUGUCUCACCAUUCUUGUGGGUGGGCCAGUCCACUGAAGACUCAGUCUGCCCACUACAAGGCUCACUGGACUCCAAGACAGUGAAGAAGAAUAUGCUGUUUAC